GGGCGGGACCAGCGACAGCGGCGGCGCGCGGCGGGAGAGCGAGUGCGGCCGAGUCGGCGCCACCAUGGCCACCGUGGAUCUGGAGAAGCUGCGGAUGUCCGGGGCCGGCAAGGCCAUCGGCGUGCUGACCAGCGGCGGCGAUGCGCAAGGCAUGAAUGCUGCCGUCCGAGCCGUGACGCGCAUGGGCAUUUACGUGGGAGCCAAAGUCUUCCUCAUCUACGAGGGCUACGAGGGCCUCGUGGAAGGGGGCGAGAACAUCAGGCCAGCCAACUGGCUCAGCGUCUCCAACAUCAUCCAGCUGGGCGGCACCGUCAUCGGCAGCGCCCGCUGCAAGGCCUUCACCACGCGGGAGGGGCGCCGGGCGGCCGCCUACAACCUGGUCCAGCGUGGCAUCACCAACCUGUGCGUCAUCGGUGGGGACGGCAGCCUCACGGGCGCCAACAUCUUCCGCAGCGAGUGGGGCAGCCUGCUGGAGGAGCUGGUGAGCGAAGGCAAGAUCUCACAGAGCACGGCUCAGACCUACUCGCACCUGAGCAUCGCCGGGCUGGUGGGUUCCAUUGACAACGACUUCUGCGGCACCGACAUGACCAUCGGCACGGACUCGGCCCUGCACCGCAUCAUGGAGGUCAUCGACGCCAUCACCACCACCGCCCAGAGCCACCAGAGGACCUUCGUGCUGGAGGUGAUGGGGCGGCACUGCGGAUACCUGGCCCUGGUGUCCGCCCUGGCCUCUGGGGCCGACUGGCUGUUCAUCCCUGAGGCGCCACCCGAGGACGGCUGGGAGAACUUCAUGUGUGAGCGGCUGGGUGAGACUCGGAGCCGGGGGUCCCGACUGAACAUCAUCAUCAUCGCCGAGGGCGCCAUCGACCGCAACGGGAAGCCCAUCUCGUCCCGCUACGUGAAGGACCUAGUGGUCCAGAGGCUGGGCUUUGACACACGUGUGACCGUGCUGGGCCACGUGCAGAGGGGAGGGACCCCCUCGGCGUUCGACCGCAUCCUGAGCAGCAAGAUGGGCAUGGAGGCGGUGAUGGCCCUGCUGGAGGCCACGCCCGACACGCCGGCCUGCGUGGUCAGUCUCUCCGGGAACCAGUCCGUGCGGCUGCCCCUCAUGGAGUGCGUGCAGAUGACCAAGGAGGUGCAGAAGGCCAUGGAUGAGAAGAGGUUUGAAGAGGCCAUCCAGCUCCGAGGCAGGAGCUUUGAGAACAACUGGAACAUUUACAAGCUGCUUGCGCACCAGAAGAUCUCCAAGGAGAAGACCAGCUUCUCCCUGGCCGUCCUGAACGUGGGGGCCCCAGCGGCUGGCAUGAACGCGGCCGUGCGCUCGGCGGUGCGUACCGGCAUCUCCCAGGGCCACACGGUGUACGUCGUGCACGACGGCUUUGAAGGCCUGGCCAAGGGGCAGGUGCAAGAAGUGGGCUGGCAUGACGUGGCUGGCUGGCUGGGGCGCGGUGGCUCCAUGCUGGGGACCAAGAGGACACUGCCCAAGGGCUACAUGGAGAAAAUUGUGGAAAACGUCCGCAUUCACAACAUCCACGCCCUGCUGGUCAUCGGGGGCUUCGAGGCCUACGAGGGGGUGCUGCAGCUGGUGGAGGCCCGCGAGCGCUACGAGGAGCUGUGCAUCGUCAUGUGUGUCAUCCCCGCCACCAUCAGCAACAACGUGCCGGGCACCGACUUCAGCCUGGGCUCGGACACCGCCGUCAACGCCGCCAUGGAGAGCUGCGACCGCAUCAAGCAGUCGGCCUCGGGGACCAAGCGCCGUGUGUUCAUCGUGGAGACCAUGGGGGGCUACUGUGGCUACCUGGCCACCGUGACCGGCAUCGCUGUGGGGGCCGACGCCGCCUACGUCUUCGAGGACCCCUUCAACAUCCAGGACUUAAAGGCCAACGUGGAGCACAUGACCGAGAAGAUGAAGACGGACAUCCAGAGGGGCCUGGUGCUCCGAAACGAGAAGUGCCACGAACACUACACCACGGAAUUUCUGUACAACCUGUACUCCUCCGAGGGGAAGGGCAUUUUCGACUGCAGGACGAACGUCCUGGGCCACCUGCAGCAGGGCGGGGCUCCCACCCCCUUCGACCGGAACUACGGCACCAAGCUGGGGGUGAAGGCUAUACUCUGGAUGUCGGAGAAGCUGCGGGCAGUCUACCGCAAGGGGCGGGUCUUCGCCAACGCCCCCGACUCAGCUUGCGUGAUCGGCCUGCAGAAGAAGGCGGUGGCCUUCAGCCCCGUCACCGAGCUCAAGAAGGACACCGACUUUGAGCACCGCAUGCCCCUGGAGCAGUGGUGGCUGAACCUGCGACUCAUGCUGAAGAUGCUGGCGCACUACCGCAUCAGCAUGGUCGACUACGUGUCCGGGGAGCUGGAGCACGUCACCCGCCGCACCCUCAGCAUCGAAACAGGCUUCUGAAGCCGCGUCCCUGCCCCGCCCCCGCCCGCGCCCGCCUCCCGCCGCCCCCCCCGCCCCCACUUUGGAGCCUGGGCUGCUGCCGCCUGGAGCCUGCGGGCAGGCGGGCGGGGGGUGCACCCUGGCUCCGGGACUCUCACGGCCCCAGUUCCAGCCUGCUGUCCGCUCGGCUCUUCCCCAGGACACAGCACCCUGGGCACCCACUUUCCAUCCUAGGGGUAUGUGGGGGCGUCCGCGCUUGGACGCCGCCGCCCCUCUGCCUCGGUACCCAUGUGGCCCGGAGCCUCUGCCCGAGCCGGCCCUGCACCCUCACCAGCCCUGGGGGCGCAGCAGCCUGGGUCUCCGUGCCGGAGGGUGGGGAAGUGCCCCGGCGCGCCUCACUGUGCCCCUCUCCCUGUGUGCACUGGCCGCCGGGGCUGAGUAGCGCUUGUCACCUUUUUUAGAAAUAAAAUCACCCCGACUGUGGGGUGCUGUCAGCUUCUGGAAA